UCAUGGAUUUAACUCGGUGCUUGUUGUUCGUGUCAAUGUUUUGCUGCUGUGUUUCUGUCACCUCAGCUUCGGUCGAAGAUCUGGGGUUCAUCGCGUAUGAGGUCACUGAAAACCCUGGACAAGCUUAUGUGGACAACGCGAAGUUAAAGAGUAACCUCACCAGUCUUUCUCCAAAUCAUCUACUGUAUCUGAGUAUAUAUAAAUAUGGUCUUAUCUCAGGAGAAAAUAUGAAAAUGUUAUCUUGGAUUAUUUAAAAUCAAAUCAAAUGCUUAUAAACACGGACAAGUACAGAAUGUUUUGACGGGGACAUUGUUUCUAACACUGGGUUGUGGUGAACUCCCAAACAGACAGGAAUGUCGGGAAAUGUAGGCCUUUCUAACUGCACAUGUAUUUAUAUCUGGGUUUCGGACUGAUGCUCAUAGAAGACAAGACAUUGGAUAAGGUCACUUUUGACUUGACGAGAAAGCGAUGGACAUUUGUCACUAUUUUCUAAUGUUUACUAAAAGUAUCAAUUUGUUGUUUUCUUGUAGCCUGUUAGAAUAUAAAUAAAAGUGUCAAUCACAAAGCCCAAGGUGACUUCUUCAAAUAACUGGUCCUGUCUCAGUAUCUGUACAAUCAUUUUACACAGACAAAAACAGCAAAUCCUCACAUUUGAGAAGCUUUAUUCAGAAGAUAUCUCAUAUAUUUUUUGUUUGGUAAACUAUUGCAGUGCUUGACCUAAACCUGCCUCUUCUGAAUGGGCUGUUCCCUUGUCCUUUGUUAAUGCUCUAGAGAUACUGCAGAAGUGUUCCUUGUCAUUAGUGAGUCCUCCUCAAACAGUUCUACAAUAUACUGUGUGCAGAGCUUUUUAUUAACAGUCUAUGGUGCAGAGUGAAGUUAGAAAACAUUGUGUUCAUCCUCCCUGGUUUAUCUGGAAAUUAAGAGUUUAUAUCAGAUUUUUUGGGGGCAUAAAAUGUAACUGAAUUUGCUUUAUUACUGUUCAUGUGAGUAGUAAUGAAUAAGUUGAAGGUUUUACUUAACUGGUGCUAUUUCUCAUCUAUGUCAGCUAUAUCAGGGGUGAGAUAAGCAGACAGGUAGAUUUAUUAAAUGAUAAUUAUCUAAACUGUUUACAAUUAAUAUUUUCUCCAUCAACCAAUCAGUAACCAUAUCUGUUAUGAAGUAUUAUUUUUUAGAUGAUUCAUGGAAUCGGGGGUAUCCCGCGUAUGAGGUCACUGAAAACCCUGGACAAGCUGAUGUGCACAACGCGACGUUGAAGAAUACCACCAAAGGACAGGGGUACUUAGGGGUUGAUGUCCCAAAAAACCUUAGACAAGGUUUUGUGAACCGCGCCACUGCAGAGACGUUGAUGGGUAAACUAACCACAGUCUUUCUCCCAAUCGUUUGCAUCAUCGUAUUUAUUGUGGGACUUCCUGCCAACGGCAUGGCACUCUGGGUCUUUCUCUUCAGGACCAAAAAGAAGCACCCGUCAUCAAUUUACAUGGCCAACCUGGGACUGGCUGCCCUCUUCUUUGUCAUUUGGACGCCCCUAAAAAUCACCUACCACUUAAACGGCAACAACUGGACCUAUGGAGAGCCGAUGUGCAAAGUCCUUGUGAGCUUCUUCUACGGGAACAUGCACUGCUCCAUUCUGUCCAUCACUUGUCUCAGUGUGCAGAGGUACUGGGUCGUGGCUCACCCUCUGUCCCAGCAGAGCAAGAGCACCAAAGUGGCUGUUGGCGUGUGUGUCUCCAUCUGGGCUUUCAUCUGGCUCACCACCACCCCUCUGUACCUGUAUGACCACACUGUCAAGCUCAAAGACCCGAACAUCACCACCUGCCAUGACGUCAACAUCAUAGAAGACCUAGAAAAUCCAUUCCCCUCUGUCCAGCUCCCGUUCUACUACUUCACCUUCAUGGCCGUCGUUGUGUUCCUCAUCCCUUGUGUAGUGAUCGUUGUGGCCUAUAUUCUGUUACUCAGAGCUCUGGGGAACAGCCUGCAGGAAAUUACGGCAGCAAAGAACCGACACAGAUCCAGGGUGUUGAUCGUGACCGUCCUGGUGACAUUCAUAGUGUGUUUCAUCCCCAGUAACAUCAUGCUGGUGGUGCAUUACACUCUUCUGAAGAAUGGAGUGAUAAAUAAUGGUUACGGCUUCUACAUCUCCACAUUAUGCCUGGCCAGUCUCAACAGCUGCCUGGACCCGUUCAUCUACUACUUUGUGUCAGAGGACUUCAGGAACCAUGUGAAGAACACUCUGCUGUGCCGCAGCAGCAGGACUGUGGAGAGGAUGAGAGUUUCAUUCAGCUCAUUGAAAAACUCCAGGAAGAGCAAGUCAAGUACGUCAGACACAGGGGACACAAAGAGCAGCACAAGUUAGCCAGAU